UCACCGCCGCACAGAGCCACCCCCCUGCUGCGUGUGGAAGGGUGGCGUGACACGAAUUUUAUUCUUUGAUCUACAAAUCUGACAAACAUUAGUGGAGUCAAACCUCCAACACGUUCCGCGAAACUAGGAGACUCAGAGAGGCACAAAGUGGCUGACUCUCUUGUAUUGCGCUGACCAACGAAUUCGCUUGUCGCGUGAAAACACUUUGAAAAAAAGAAAAAGAAAAAACUGAAUUCAACAGAGGCAAGGGUUGUUAUUCAGAGGGUGGGGUAGGAAAGUUGUGACGUCAAUUUUACCCACUAUCGUGGCGGCAGCAGUGGUUGUGGGGUUGUGGGAACUGUGUGUGGAAGGCUUCUGGGGUGGGAGGCAGCCUUAAGAACACCCAAAAGGGGCGCAGAGGAACCACUGGAUGGCCAGACAGGCGCAGAGUGCAGGAGGAGAACGGGGGUGUUGUAACUACCCCCGCCAACCUUCCAACUUCCUCUUCUAACCUCCCCCCCUCUCUCAUUCGCUCUCUCUCUCUUCCCACGUCUAAUUGGCGAAUGUGGUGUGAUGGAUGCCCGCGAAAAGUCAUUCCUUCGAAACCACUGGCAACCAUAGAGCGGUGUCAGGAGGAAAAACGCAGACCAACUCCGGGCCGCAAAAAGGAGGCGGGCGCCAGGAAGAGCGCCCCCAUGCGGCGGGAUUGAGUGCUCUCUUGUGGACAGCAUUGGAACGUCCUGUCACCGAACAGGGACCUCGUAAUUAGGGAACUAAUUUUAAAGACAAGACUAAGUACUCUAGGAAUGAUAAAAUGGCAGUGUUCUAUUGUGAAUUAAUCGCAGAAAAUAAUAAAAUAAAAAAAUAGUAACUAGGCCUGUUAUUUUUAAGUGAUAUCACAGACUGAAGAAAAAAACUGGUCCAAAUACUUUUUUUUGUGUGUGUUUAUUCCAUGCGAAAGGAAACAAACAUUUGUGGAGGCAGAAAUAAGAAAAUCGAAUUUCUUUUUAUUUCCAUGUGUGUGAACUUUGUUGUGACUUCAGUGACUACGAACUUCUUAAUUUUAUUGGGGACGUUGGUAAGUGACAAACAGAAGAAGUCUAUAAAGCGCGCGCGUGUGUUAACUUGUGUUAAGAAGAAAGAGUAGAGAAGGUGUGAAUGUGUCUUGCCGCAGACCUUGUGAGAAAACAGAAGAAAUUGGAUUGUGGGAGUUAACAAUUGGGGGGCGAAGACACAUGGAGCAAAUAUAAAGGGCGAAAAGAAAAUUGGACGCAGAGAAAAGAACGGAAUCAAAUCAGAACACGGGGCGGCAAACAUGUGUAAUUUGGAACUUUGUUUCUUGUUGGCGUUUGGUGUUCCCGUGCACGUGUUGGAAGGAGCGAAAAUGGUGACGGAUCGUAGAAGUGAAGAAGUGUUAUAACUGAACUGGGGUCACCUUGUUAGGUCAAGUGAUGCACCUGGCUUCUGAGGUCGGCACACCGGUAUCGGGGGCGGCAGGAAGUGACGUCGGUGGAGGCGGUUACAGUGCAAUAACUGCAGAGGUACUCGCAGAGAGGACGUUGGACGGCCUCCUGUCGGAGCAUCCUGGCGAACUAGUGCGGACCGGAAGUCCACACCUCGUCUGCACUGUUCUUCCGCCGCACUGGCGGUCCAACAAGACCUUGCCCGCCGCCUUCAAAGUUGUGGCUCUCGGGGACGUGCUGGAUGGCACCCUGGUCACUGUUCGGGCGGGGAACGACGAAAACUACUGCGCGGAACUUCGCAACUGCACGGCGGUCAUGAAGAACCAGGUGGCCAAGUUUAAUGACCUCAGGUUCGUCGGCAGGAGUGGCAGAGGGAAGAGCUUCACCCUCACGAUCAUCGUCAGUUCCUCGCCCCCGCAGAUGGCGACGUACAGCAAGGCGAUCAAAGUGACGGUGGACGGACCGCGGGAACCCCGCUCCAAGACACUUCUAAUUGUUGCAGGCCAUCAACCCUUUCAUCCUUUCCACUUUGGACCACGCCCCUUUCACUUGGGCAACCCUCUCGACCCAGGACACAGAGUGCCAGAUCCACUGGUCGGGACUCUUCCCUUCAAACUGACAGCGAUCCCUCACCACCUUAGCAUCGCAGCGACGGAUCACUCGUGGGGACCGUUCGGGCGAGUGACGGGCGGCUACGCCCACCACUACCUGCCGCCCCACUGCGGGGCACCGCCAGGGCUGCACGCUCCGCACUUCCCGCCACACGUACUGGCACUCACCAGCCCUGAGCAGCCCCUUACAUCGCCCACUAGACUGUCUUCAGUUUCGGAGCCCCAGGGCCGCUCAUCCAGCGACACGACCCUAGGGCCCAUCAGUAUCAGCGUAGCGAGCCACAGCAGUAGCAGCACGGUCAGCAGCCAGCCGACGGUAGGGACAGCGAGGAGUCCCAAAUCAAGGCGCCGGGGACAGCACGGACUGCUCACAACCGCCCCGCGCCUUUCACCCACAGCCGAAGAUACCGCCACGCCAACUCCAACAGUCCAGGAUGCUCCAUCGUCGUCCUCAUCAGCAUCUCCUCUCGAACCCGCACCGCCUUCACCCCCUACGAUACGAUUCCCACCCACGGCGCACCCACAUCCUCACUUCCAUCCCCUGUUACACCACCACCACCAUCACCCUGGAGGCGGGCAACAUUCGGCGUACUUCAGCAGUGCAGCUGCAGCCGCGGCGGCUGCUAGUCUAUUUCUUAACACCCCUUUGCUACCACCGACGUCACAGUGGUUAUACUCCCAAUUAUAUGGUGGUGGGGCCAACCCCCUGCACACACACCUACACCCCCAUCUUCAUCACCUAACCACAGCGCACAGACAGCCGCUGGCAUUGCCGUUAAGACGAACAACUGUCCCUGAAGUGGAGGAUAACACACCAGAAGCCCUUGUGACAGACAGCGCCACUGCAGAAGAGGCUCGCAGUAGCUCUGCUUCUCCACCUGCAACGCCGACGAAGAAAGUAAAAUCAUCGGUGAAGCCAUCCACGACAACCGCGGAAACUACUACAAGACAUUCAGACGUUUGGCGGCCAUAUUAGUAACUAAGGGCGCACGAUUU